CUGUACUCUUCGCCGCUUGCUCUGCAAAAAUCUCGAAACUGGGCUCUUUAUUCCAUCAAAAUGUUCAAGCUGCCCUCGGGCGCACUCAGGAGCCAGCUUGUUCGCAGCGCACCCCGCUCGACGGCUAGCGCAACGCGCUCAGCGUCUGUCCGGUUUGCUUCGACCAACUCUACAUCCUCUGGCACCUUAGAGUCGCUGUUGACGUCUCGCGUGUCUCUCGUUUCUGUCACGCUUUUUUCCGUCGGGUCAAUAGCAUGGUAUACCCAUCUAUACGGCUCCCUUCCCUUCAUUGGAGAAGCUCACGCGAGCUCGUUGGCCGACGAGGGUCUUCACCCCCCUGCAUACCCUUGGCCGCACAAAGGCUGGUUUGAUACGUUUGACCAUGCAAGUAUUCGUCGUGGUUUCCAGGUAUACCGCGAGGUCUGUGCUGCUUGCCAUUCGCUUGACCGCAUCGCUUGGCGCAAUUUGGUUGGUGUGUCGCAUACCGUUGACGAGGCACGCGCCUUGGCAGAGGACAUCGAGUACACCGACGGCCCGGAUGACAAUGGGGAGAUGUUCCAGCGUCCGGGAAAACUUUCCGACUAUCUCCCAGCACCAUACCCUAAUGAAGAGGCUGCACGAGCUAGUAACAGUGGUGCACUCCCUCCCGACCUCAGUUUGAUCGUCAAGGCCAGACAUGGCGGUGCGGAUUACAUCUUCUCCCUUCUGACUGGCUACAUCGAUCCUCCCGCGGGUGUCGACAUUCGUGAAGGCAUGAACUACAACCCUUACUUCCCUGGUGGCGCUAUCUCCAUGGCUCGUGUUCUGUUCGAUGGUCUCGUCGAGUAUGAUGAUGGCACCCCUGCUACCACCUCCCAGAUGGCCAAAGACGUCGUCACGUUCCUGAACUGGGCUGCAGAGCCAGAGCACGACGAGCGGAAAAAGAUGGGUUUGAAAGCCGUGAUAGUGUUCUCGACCUUAUUCGCCAUCAGCAUCUAUGUGAAGAGGUUCAAGUGGAGUGUGAUCAAGAACCGCAGGAUUUUCUACAAACCACCGACUGACCAGGCGCAUUAGAGAAUUGUAUAGCGUUGUAGCAGAGCGAGUGUCCCGUAGAUUCUUACAAUCCUACACCAGCGAACCCACACUUUUUAUUGUUUCUUUACUAUUUGCUCCGAGACCGGAUGAGACCACCGUGGGAACGUGCCUUCGUUAGCCGGUGUAGUGCUGUUGCGUGACACACUCGGAUGAAACCUGCCUCUUCCUG